AUGGGAUGGAUGGAUGGAAAUGCAAAGAUGGGUCCUGAACAACAUUCCGAUUUGCUUGGAAAAUGGUUCUAUCCCACAGAGCAGACAUCGGACAACGGAAAUCGACGAAUCUCAUCAUUGCAUCCACGUUUAAGAAGACAUCGACGCCAUCAGCAUACGUGGCAAGGGACAACCUCAUUAACGCCAGAAGGGCCGCGAAAGCGGAAGAUACCUGCUCUUGAGCUUCAGCUCGAUUACGUUCUGACGAAGAACAUACCUUUGUCAGAUAUUCGAAGAUCUAGAGCUGUCUGGGACGUUGCGUUGGAUUCUGACCAGCGCCCAGUCUUUCUCAGCUUCAUAGUACGGUUCCAGAGAAGGUAUCGGGGAGCUCAACAUCAAUUGAAGCUGGACUUGGCAGGUCCCAAAGACGAGGAAUGCAGAAAGAAGUUCGAGUAA